AUGGCAACCACCGUGUCCUCUCUCAACACCACCCCCAAUUCCCUAAACUCCGCCCACCAUUUUGUUUCAAUAAGAUUAACCAAUCGCAACUACCUAUUCUGGCCUACACAGAUCAUCCCCUUCCUCCGUGGUCAGGGCCUGCUGGGUUUUGUCGAUGGCGAACACACCUACCCGUCGCCGGUGCUGGAGCAGCCCACCGGCGACACUUCCGACGAGGCCGACUCCGCUGCUGUCAACCCGGCGUACAUCGCAUGGGUUCAGCAAGAUGCAUCUAUACUGUCUCUCAUCAUCUCCUCAUUAUCUGAGGAGGUUAUGUAUUUGGCAGUAGGCAAAACUACAGCACGUGACGUCAGGACGGCCAUCGAAGCUACGCUCGGUUCAUCCAUGCGAGUGAGGUGUCUCAAUCUCCUGGGGAAGUUUCAAGCCCUGCGGUAA